AUGAAUCUCCAGUUCAAGAAUCCUGAUGUGUUUCAGCCUGAAUGGGGAUCUGAAGGAAGCAUCCAUCUCACCUUCUUCAAGUGCCUCACAUGGCAGGUGGAACAAACGCUCAACCCUUCCUCCUGCCCUUACCAUUACUUCUGUGACAGCAAGUACCCCGGCAAUUACCCGGUCUACGUCGACAUCCUCGUCUUCCUGCUCGCAACAGCUUCCUUCCUGGUGACCCUAAUCGUCCUGACGAUGGAGGUGCUGUCAGGAAGCAGCAGCAACGAGGUAUGUCGAUCCAGAAGAUACUUGCUGCCGUCUGGUCCAAUCCUCCUUCCCGCCAUCCUCCUGACGCUCGGCAAAGGCUACAGAAUCCAUACAAUACUCCCCGUUUCGAGCAUUGGCCCCGCGAUCCUCCUCCUGCUCCAGGUCUCUUCCCUCACAUUCGACACCGGAAUCGAUAGGGAUGCAAGAUACGCCUUCUUUGAAGCCUCUACGGUGUCUGGAAUUCUGCACGCCAGUCUGUACUUGGAUUCCGUCAUCAUGCCUUACUAUACCGGGUUCGAUGCCCUGGUGGCCUCCAAAUUCUCGGGGCAGUGUCGCUCCUGCAUUUGUCGAGAGGAACCUCUGGUGGUCGGGGGAAGGCUUGUCGGCUACCGGGGUUGGUCGCCGACGACGUUCCUGGUCGCUGGAGCUCUGUGUUGCAGGAUCGUAUGCAGGGUGAAAGCCAUGAGCAGCAAGAGCAAGACCAUGGCGGUGAAGUCUUGGCUUGAAUGGUUGAGUUGGGUUAUGAUAAUGAGGGAUUGUGUUGUGCUAGCGGUUAACAGUCCACCUGCUGCAAGUUCGAUUUCACCGGCUGUGGGAAUCGGAGCAAUCUCAACUUCCUUCCUCCACCGCUCCAGAAUCUCCCUCUCCCCCUCCCCCUCUUCCUCGCCAUCGCCGCCGCAACCGCCGACUCUCCGAUCAGCUUCGCCGCCGGAUUCUAUGGCGGACGUCCUGCCGCCCACCGUGGAGGCGCUCAUCCACCUAAUCUGCCUUGUGCACAAACAGCCUCCUCUCCCGUUCACGACGAGGCGGCAGCUAGCUCGGCUGGGCGAAAUUGAGUCCAUGGCCAUCCUCCGCGAAAUCGACACUCGGGGAGUUAGUAAGACUUUCGACGAUUCCGUUCAGAUGAUCCUCCGAGGGAAAUCGCCGUCGCAGUCGCAGUCCCCGUCGACAGCUCCACUGUAUUCUUCUUCCUCUUCUACAUUUACAUCCCCGCAGCGGCAGCAGCAGCUCAGUGGUAGCCCUAAACCCACGUGGCUAAUGAUGCAUACUCGAGUUGGUCAAUUCAGUCAAUCUUCUGCUGCUUCUACGCCAGUGAAGCGCCUUCGUCUGUCUCCACCGCCGUCACCGCCGCAGCAGCUCGCUCGUAGCCUUUCUCCCACGCUGCUCAUGACGGAUGCUCGAGAUGGUGACUUGGAUCUUCAAUGGGUCGUUCGUCGUAAACUGGAGGACGAUUUCCGUGAUCCUCCGGCCGCUACCAUGGAGCAUCUGAAGGAGCUUGAAUUUAGGAAGGCAUUUCUCAUAUUGAGCUACCUGAGAGGGAAGAAGUUGAAAGACUAUAUGAAUAUGACGGCCGAUCAAAUCAGAGAGCUACGGAGUUUACCGAUGAGAAAAUUCGAGGAACUAGUUUGGAGUGCCGUUGGCAUGUCAUGUAUCGGGGAUGAAACACAACGGAUAAAGAGUGAUGAUUGGAACCCCAAGCGGCCUCAUGUGUAUCAGUGCACUGUGGACCAUAACCACCACGACAACUAUGAUACUGGGUUGAGUUAUGAGUUCAAGGGUCCUUACUUUACCAACAUGAGAAAUUUCCUGCAUGCUACUCUGGGGGAUGAGAAUGUUUUGCUGGUCAAGUUCAGUGACAAGGGGAACAAAGAUAAAAGCAUACCAAAGUGCAAUGAUCGUUGUUAUGCCAAGUUUUCUCUCAUUUUGUCAAAGACCAUAAAACUGGAUGUGGAUCUAGCAGAUGUGUUUGUUGAUAGGGCCGAUGACAUUCUUUGCAGCGUAGAUGAAGAAGGUAAGAUUGUGUAUGAUAAGAAAGGCAAGCCGCUCAUAUAUACAGAUGGAACUGGGUUCAUAUCAGAGGAUUUAGCACGGUUGUGCCCAAUUGUAACUCAAGGGAGGUGCCUGGACAGUGACAUUGGGGAGAAUCGUGAAGUGAACUUGUUAGGAUCUCGUCCCAGGGAACCUCUUUCUCCUAAAACCAUUGUCUUUCGCCAAUCCAUGGUUAAAGUUGAUGCGGAUCUAAAUCUGUCACAUAAGGCUACUGCAAACUCAAUGGAGAUAGUUAACACAAGCCGUCGCCCAAAGCCUGCAGAGCUUUCAAGAAACUUGAUUGCCCUGCUCAGCUAUGGAGGUGUUCCAAAGGACUUUUUCAUGGAUCUCGUGGGUAAAGCCUUAGAUGAUGCUCUUGUUUUCAAAAGGCGUGCUGCUGCUCGAGCUGCAAGUUUUCCUUAUGAGAAAGAAAUGCUUUUAUCUGGGAUUCCACUUGAAGAAUCAUACCUGAAGUUUCGUUUGCCCAACUUGAUGACUGACGAGAAGAAAAGGUUGAGAGGAGGAAAAAUUCCUUUGCCCGAGUCAUAUUAUUUAAUGGGGACAACUGAUCCCUCCGGAGUUUUGAAGAAUGGUGAAGUUUGCAUAAUCUUAGAUAAUGGACAGGUUUCUGGAAAGGUGUUAGUAUAUAGGAACCCAGGAUUGCAUUUUGGUGAUAUCCAUAUUUUAGAGGCCGUCUAUCUGAAGGAAAUGGAAAGUUACGUGGGCAGUUCCAAAUUUGCGAUCUUCUUCCCUAUUCAUGGACCAAGGUCCUUGGCAGAUGAGAUGGCUGGAGGUGACUAUGACGGUGACAUGUUUUUUGUGUCGAGAAAUCCUCAGUUCUCCGCUGAAAGGUCACCUUUUGACGUCAUGACCACUGAAACGAUUGCCCUUCUGCAACGAUUUUGUGGUUCAAGUGAUGUGUCAUUUCUAAUCGACAAUGGUGUCCUCAGAUUUGAUAAAGGAAAGGUGGUAAUGUUUCUUCUCAGUUCCACUGCAGGGAUGGCUGCUGAAAGCUGGCUGGCAAUGAUGGACCGGCUUUUAAUAGCGGAAUUUGAUGGUACAAUUGACGUGAACAAGUGUGCUUUGAAGAAGAAUAUCCUGAGCGUGAUUGAUAUAUAUUACGACGCUCUAGAUGCACCAAAAAGUGGAGCAAAGGUUGAACUUCCACCAAAGUUGAAGAUGGAUAAAUUCCCGCACUACAUGGAAAAGCCUGACUAUAGGUCGUACAAGUCUACUUCGAUACUGGGACUAAUAUAUGAUGAAGUGAGGAAGUAUGAAGCUAGGGAUGACAUGCCAAUUGGUGAAAUCGUGAAACUGCCGUGCUUCGCUGGACAAGUUCUUCCACAUCUCAUCGAGAAGUGGGAGAAAGAGUAUAGCCUCUACAGGAUUGAGAUGGCAAGAUGUUGUAGCAAAGAAGUUGGGAAAAAUAUAGCUGCCGAUGAAAUCAAUGAGAAAUACAGAAAGAUCUUCUAUGGCCCCACUGGGGACUUCUGUACGAGCGAGAAGAAGCAGGAAGAAUUGUUCAACGAGGCUCGAGCAAUAUAUCAGGUUGUUUAUGAGUAUGCCGAGCAAAGGAGACGUUCGGCGGCAAAUGACCCCGAGAAGGUAAGGAAAGCCAUUAACUUAUGUGCCUUCGCAUGGAAAGUAGCAGGCUCGGCUCUCUGUGCAUUGUACAUGUCGAGUCGCGGCGAGAAGCCCUUGCUGUGCUCCGAGUCUGCUUUCAAGGAAAUGUUUGGACAAACCAACAACUCCGCCAAGUAAGUUGCCUAUGCGUGGAGGCUCGUGUAUGUAUGUAGCUAUGUACAAUCGUUUAGAACUCCUGUAGAAGCACUGUAUCUUGGCUGCACUAAUGUAUCUGCUAAUGUAGUGUUGCUGAGCUUGUCAACUGGUUCGUUCAAGUUUAGUUUUAGUGAUUGAUCAAUCUAAUCAAGAGAAACAGAUGUUAGUUGUGAGUGAGUUAUUGCCGCAGCCUUAAGGCUGUGCGCGUGUUAUGUAUUAUACAAAGAACUCAUGUAUUUUACAGGUUGGAUGUAAGAAUCUAUGUAUUGUCAGGAUAAUUUGUUUGGUUUACAGGAAUUUUGAUAUUGUCAAACGAGG